AUGAAGUCGGACUUCAAGUUCUCCAAUUUAUUGGGAACAGUUUAUCGGAAGGGGAACUUGGUUUUUACAGAGGAUGGUACUAAAUUGUUAUCACCCGUAGGAAACCGUGUUUCUUGCUUUGAUUUAGUCAAGUCUCAAACAACAACUUUCAACUAUCAGCAUAGGAAAAACAUUCAAUGUAUUGCUUUAAAUAAGCAGAAUAAUCUAUUGAUUUCAAUAGAUGAAGACGGGAGGGCUAUUCUUGUAAACUUUAUAUCGCGAGUGGUUUUGCACCAUUUCAACUUCAAGUCUAGAGUAAAUGAUAUUAGUUUUAGUCCGUGUGGGAAGUACUUUGCCGUUGCAGUUGGGCGAUUUAUUCAGGUUUGGAAGACUCCUGACUUUACUGAAGAUAGACAGUUUGCACCAUUUGUGAGGCACCGAAUUUACCUGGGACAUUUUGAUGAUGUUCUUAGCAUAUCCUGGUCAGAAAAUUCCAAAUACUUUAUCAGUACUAGUAAAGAUAUGACUGCAAGAAUUUAUUCACUCGAGUCCAGUGAUAAAGAUGUUGCAAGGACAUUUUCAGGUCACCGAGAUUACGUGGUGAAUGCAUUCUUUAGUAAAGAUAACGACACAAUUUAUACAGUCAGUAAAGAUGGAGCUCUUUUUAAAUGGGAAUACAUUGAAGCACCCAAAGAGAGUGAUGAUGAUGAGGAGGAGGAAGAGGAGGAAGAGGAGGAUGGUCCACGUGAAUGGAGAAUAACUUCAAAGAAUUUCUUUUAUGCCAAUGCCAAACUAAAAUGUGCUACCUUCCAUGCCCAAUCAAAUUUGCUAGUGGUUGGCUUCAGCAAUGGUGAGUUUCGAGUUUAUGAAAUUGGAGAAGACUUUGUCCUCAUUCAACAGUUGAGUAUGGGUCAAAACACGGUGAAUACUGUAAAUAUCAAUAAAACUGGGGAGUGGCUUGCUUUUGGGUCGUCCAAAUUAGGACAACUAUUAGUUUACGAAUGGCAAUCGGAAUCGUAUAUACUUAAACAACAAGGACACUUUGAUACAAUGAAUACGCUUUGUUAUUCCCCUGACGGAGCUAGACUCGUUACUGGGUCUGAUGACGGUAAGAUCAAGGUAUGGGACGUUGCUUCUGGGUUUUGCUUGGUGACAUUCACAGAGCAUACAUCUGCAGUAACACAGGUGCAGUUUGCUAAGAAGGGCAACGUUUUGUUUUCAUCGUCCUUGGAUGGUACAAUUCGGGCUUAUGAUUUGAUCCGUUUUAGAAACUUCAAAACCUUCACGGCUACUUCAAGAAUCCAAUUCAAUUGUUUAGCAGUUGAUCCCAGCGGGGAGGUUAUUGUAGGGGGAUCACAUGACACUUUUGAAAUCUAUGUAUGGUCGGUGCAAACGGGACAACUAUUGGACUCCUUGACUGGUCACGAAGGGCCAAUUUCAUGUCUUGCUUUUGGUCAAGAGGAUUCGACUUUAGCCUCUGCUUCAUGGGACAAAACAAUUCGAAUUUGGAAUAUAUUUGCAAGAAAUCAAACCACGGAGCCAAUAGAAGUACAAAGUGAUGUAUUAUGCUUAUCAAUGAGACCAGAUUGUAAGGAGGUGGCAGUUUCCACGUUGAAUGGACAUAUUACUAUUUUUGACAUUGAAGAUGCUAAACAGGUCCACCUUAUAGAUGGUCGUAAAGAUCUCAUUAACGGUAGAUACCUUGAGGAUAAAUUUGUCAGUAAGAAAUCGAGCCGUGGUAAGUUUUUUGAUACGAUUACUUAUUCAUUCGAUGGAUUAACUUUGUUAGCUGGAGGCAACAACAAUUCAAUAUGUAUGUACGAUAUUGAUAAUGAGGUUUUACUAAAGAGAUUCCUUGUUUCGGAAAACAUGUCGCUUGAUGGUACUUUACAAUUCCUAAAUAGUGCCAAGAUUACCGAUGCUGGAAUCAAUUCGGAUUUAAUUGAUAGAAAUGGUGAAAAUAGUGACUUGGAAGACAGGAUUGAUAAUACCUUGCCUGGAUCACAGCGUUUAGGGGACCCAAGCGAGCGUAGAACUAGACCUGCAAUACGAGUAUCAGCAGUGCAAUUCUCGCCAACUACUUUGGCAUUUGCAGCAGCUACGACGGAAGGUGUUUUAAUAUACUUGGUUAACCAAGAGUUGGUUUUUGAUCCAUUUGAUUUGGAUGUUGAUAUCACCCCAGAAACAACUAUACAAUCGUUAAAGGAGAAAGAGUUCCUUGUGGCUUUAGUCAUGGCUCUACGUUUGAAUGAGACGUAUCUCAUUCAUAAAGUUAUUGAAAGUGUUCCGUUGAGUGAUAUAAAAUUGAUUUGUCAAGAUCUACCCGUAGUAUAUGUAGAUCGUGUUUUGAGUUUCAUUGGAGAGUUGUUGGUCAAACAUGAUUCCCCGCACAUUGAGUUUUACUUGAUUUGGAUCAAUAAUUUAUUGAUUCGGCAUGGCACGUAUAUAACAUCACACAAGUUUGAAUUUCGCUCGUCUUUGAAACUAUUAUCAAGAUUUUUGAAUAAGAUUGCUAAAGAGGUGGUGAAUGUGGGUAAGAGAAAUAAUUAUCUAUUGAGAUUCUUGACGGUUAGUAAAGAUUUGAAAGAGAAUGUGGAAGAAGAUAUUGAACUACUGAAUGAGGAUGAAGAGGAUAUAAUGGAUGACGGUGAAGAGGAGAUAAUGGAUGACGGUGAAGAAAGCGAAGGCGAGUGGCUCGGGCCUGACAGCAUCAACAUGAAACAAACAGGUCGGCCUCUUGCAUUCUCGAUGGAAGUAGAUAGCGAUGGCGAUGGCGAUGGCGAUGGCAAGGACGAAGAUCUUUAA